AUGACCGCAACUACGAGUCGUCGUGGUCACGCUUCUUCUACUGCACACAAGAAGCAUGCCCAUCUCUCAGANAGCAAAAAGGACAAGAAAGAAAAGAAACAUGUCACGACCAAUGCCAUCUUCAAGUCGAAACCCGAUCGAAACCACAAGCGCGUCGAAGCACCGUCUAAAAGCAAGAGAAGUGACCUGGGCAAAAGCCGUCGCCGCCGCAAACCUUCGUCGUCUCCACCGCCUAGGAAGAAAUACACUCUCGCUGACGAGUCAAAUGGUAUGGCAGUGGAACCGCUCAACUGUUUCUAUUGGCUGCUUGCUGAUGUUUCUUANGAGAUUCUCAACAGCUACAGAGGUCAUGUCGCCGAUGACUCUGAGCAGAUGAUUGCCAGUGCCUAUAAAGAUCUCAUCCAACAACUUGAUCGAACCACGCUCGGACCCGAUGCUCUGAGUACUCGCAUCGCACAAGCUAUCGAAGCUGCCCAAGACAUCUGCAACCCACUCACCGAUGAACUUGUCACUGCCCACUUCACAGACAAUGCUGGCAAUUUUCUCAGUAAGGAACACAUCCCUAUCGGCCUUACUGUUAAACGAUUCGAGGUGACACUUCAGAAGACGAAGAACAAUAUCGAGACUCUCUGGGAGGAAUGGGAAGACAACCGCCGCGAGAUUGCCGAGAUUGGUGCCCAGGUUCUUCAUGAUAAAAAGUUCCCCUCUCAAUUUGGCCUCGAGGACAUGGGUGGUCAGUUUAGCCCAAUGGCCCACACAAACCCCGAGGUUGAGAGUCUUCGCAGACUGAUCCAGAGAGAGAACGACAAGGCGCACAAGGAGCUCGACCAGGAAGCCAAGGACAGCAUUAACAAGCACAAGGAGUUCCAGACCAUGUGGGUCUCGUGGCUGAAGGACGAGCUCAACUGA